AUGGCGUCGAUUUCUCUCCAUCAAAACGCCAACCUUCAAUCCUAAAACCCCAAAACCUCAUGCCAUGAGAUAAGGCCUGGGCCUACAGUGAGGCCCAAGAGGCGGUUGUUUCAGGGCCGAAUUUUUGUGAUUUUUCGGGCCCAUAAAUCUGGGCUAAUUUUUUUUGCAGCCCACCCCCAAUCAGCGCCCACCCACUCUGCAAACCCUGCUCCGCCCGCCCCUGCCCUUCUGCGAACGCAGCAAACCCUUCUCCCUGACCUGAGUCCCUCUCUCUCUCGCUCGCUCGCUCGCUGCCUCUCUCUCGCGCUCGCUUGCUGACAGUGACACCCUGCCCUGCGUAACCCCCCCCCCCCCCGCCCCCGGCUUCUCUCUCCUUUCUUUCUCGCUUGCCGCCUCUGAUAUCUGUCUUCCAAUGUUUUAGCCCCCCGGAACUUCCUGAUCUGCUUGACUGCUUCAUCCGAGCCCGCCGCCUGGAUCUGUACAACUGGCUUAAGCAGUAGUUGCAAAUCAUGCCUCUUAAACAUAUGUCUGGAGCUCAAAAAAGAAAAAGGAAACAAAGAGCUCCAAAAUCUCAGGUACAACACUACAUGAGAUGCUAUUGUUGCUGCCAUGAAGAAGCUCCCACCUCCUCUUCGCCGACGCACUUCCCCACUCAUCUCCAACUCAAACCACUCCAAAUCCCUCGGCCUCCACACCACUCCCGAUCAAGUCCUCAAAAUCAUCAACACCGCGAGCUGCAUGGAGUCUGCUCUCGAGAAGGUGGCUUACACUCUACCUUGCAACAUUUUGAGCUCUGUACUGCAGCAACAACCCGACCCGGAAGUGGGUUUUCGUUUCUUCAUGUGGGCAGCUAAUAGAAAUCGAUUUCGUUGCUGGAACUCAUUUGAUUUUAUUGUUGGAAUGCUCGUUAAGGAUGAUGGGGUUGACUUGUAUUGGAAAAUCCUCAACGAGCUCAAGAGUUGUGGUCGUCGUGUUUCGUCUGAUGCUUUUGUGGUAUUGAUUAGUGCAUACUGGAAGUUGCGUAUGGCCGAAAAGGCAGUGGAAGUUUUUGGCAAAAUGAAGGACUUCGAAUGUGAGCCGCAAUUGCGUGCUUAUAACAUGAUAUUACAUGUAAUGGUUGAAAAAGAGGUUGUUUUGUUGGCAUUGGCGGUUUAUAAUAUGAUGUUGAAGUUGAAUUGCCGUCCAAAUUGCGCUAGUUUUAGCAUUUUAAUUGGUGGGCUAUGUAAAAGUGGCAACACUCAUGAUGCUCUUAAGUUGUUUGAUGAAAUGACUCAAAGAGGUAUAAUGCCCAAUAGGAUAACUUAUACUGUGAUUCUUUCAGGCUUGUGUCAUGCCAACAGAGUCGAUGAAGCAUAUAGACUAUUUGAUACAAUGAGAAGUGGUGGGUGUUCACCUGAUAUAAUUACUUAUAAUGCUUUGCUUAGCGGGUUAUGCAAGUUGGGUAGAAUUGAUGAAGCAUUUUUGCUCUUAAGGUGUCUUAAGAAGGAUGGACAUGUCCUUGGGAUAAAUGGGUAUAGUUGUUUGAUAGAUGGUCUAUUUAGAGCCCGGAGGUUUACUGAGGCCCAUGAAUUGUUUUUGAAAUUGUCCAAGGAUAACAUCAAGUUGGACCUUGUAUUGUAUACUAUUAUGAUUCGGGGAUUGUCUGAACAGGGCAAGGUCAAGGAUGCAUUGAAGUUGUUGAGGGUUAUGACUGAGAGCGGUGUGGUACCAGAUACUCGUUGUUACAAUACUCUGAUCAAAGGGUUUUGUGAUAUGGGUCUCUUGGACCAAGCUCGGUCCCUUCAACUUGAAAUCUCAAAGCAUGAUUGUUUCCCUAACACUUGCACUUACACUAUUCUUAUAUGUGGCAUGUGCAGAAAUGGUUUAGUCGGGGAGGCACAAGAAAUAUUCAAUGAGAUGGAGAAAGUUGGGUGCUUCCCUUCUCUUGUGACCUUCAAUGCUCUUAUCAAUGGCCUUUGCAAGGUUGGUAAACUAGAGGAUGCUCACCUUCUAUUUUGCAAGAUGGAAAUUGGAAGAAAUCCAUCAUUGUUCCUUCGGCUUUCUCAAGGUGUGGAUAAGGUUCUUGACAGUGCUAGCCUCCAGUCAAUGGUGGCAAGAUUGUGUGACAUGGGAUUGAUUCUUAAGGCUUAUAAACUUUUAAUGCAGCUUGCUGAUAGUGGGGUUAUGCCAAACAUUAUGACAUACAACAUUCUGAUCAAUGGAUUCAGCAAAGCAGGAAAUAUCAAUGGAGCUUUUAAGCUCUUCAAGGAACUCCAACUCAAGGGGAAUUCCCCUGAUUCAGUUACAUAUGGCACACUCAUUGAUGGGCUUCAAAGGGUUGACAGAGAAGAGGAUGCCUUUGGGAUCUUGGAUCAAAUGACAAAGAAUGGGUGUCCACCCAGCUCAGCAAUUUACAAGUCACUUAUGACUUGGUCUUGUCGAAAGAAGAAAACCUCUGUUGCAUUCAAUCUUUGGCUGAAGUAUUUGAGGAGCCUUCCUGGACGAGAACAUCAAGCAAUUAAAAGAGUUGAGGAGCAUUUUGAGAAAGGAGAACUAGAAAAGGUAGUUCAAGGCCUACUUGAAAUGGAAUUCAACUUGAGUUAUUUUGAUUCUGCACCUUAUAACAUUUGGCUUGUCGGGUUGUGUCAGUCAGGAAAGUUGGAUGAAGCUUUGAAGGUGUUCUCUAUACUUAAGGAGUGGGGGGUCUCUGUUUCUCCCCCGAGUUGUGUCAUAUUGAUCCAUGGCCUCUGUAAAGAACAGAAUUUUGACAAAGCAAUAAAUAUUUUCUUUUACACUUUGGAGAAGGGUUUCAUAUUGAUGCCACACAUUUGCAAUAAGCUGCUGAAUUGUCUUUUACUUUGUCAAGGAAGAGCUAAGCAUGCCCUUGAUCUGUUAGAUGGAAUGAAAUCAGUGGGAUAUGAUUUGGAAGCCUAUAUCCAUAGCAAGACCAAGUCCCUUUUACAUGAUCAUUAUAAAAAAACACAAGAAAUGGAAAAUGCCUCACUAGGAUAAAUGUUGUCACUGGAGUGGCUUUACAAUCUGGAAACAAUUCCGCAGCAUGGUUUCUGACAUCCUGUUUACAUUAGGACAAUUGGUGUAAAAUUCAAAGAUGCCAACAGGACUUACCAUUAACCCACUUGUCUGUGGAAUCCCCAUAGAUAGUUGUACUUGGUAUACCAUUGCCUUAAGUUAAUUGUGAGACGUUAGGGGCAAUGGAAACAUGGAUGGCGUGGAGUAUUACGUCUGCAUCUAGAAAUUGGAUUCUGGACAAUACUUUUGCCUCACAAAUGCAAUGACUGCAAGGGAACCCUCCCCAGGAGAAAGAUCUGGAGCCCCCUCGCUUAAUCAUCGAAACUAUCCAUUCUCUGCAGAGAUACAACAAAUGCAAUUGAUACAUCGACAUAUUUAUACUUCUAGAGAGCCUAAUCUGUUGCAGUGGUAAUUAAGAUACAUUCUCAGUCUUGUGUUAAGUUGUGCUUUGAAUAAAACUUGAUGAGAAGAUAGCUCUGAUUCUAUGUUAUAAAAGUUUAUUAUUCAUUUGUAUGUAACAAGAUGGUCAUUCAUUCAUUCUUCAAUCUGAAUCAAGGCUGUGAAAGGUUCCAACAAUUUGUGAAUGUAGCUAACUCAACGACCUGCCAAGCAAGAGGCAUACUUCUUGCUAAAUUAGAUUUGUAUCUAUUUUGUGCUAAAUUAGACGGUCCACUACACGCAUUUAGGAUCUUAGGAUAUCACGAGGUCGUGAGUUCGAUUUUGCCUCCAUGUAAGACUGUGUAAUUGCUUGUGUCUAUUCGAGUGGCUAAGCUCCAAGCUUUAGCUCGCGGUGAAUCUGCCCAUACACUUGGCAUCCAGAUGGACUAUGGGUUUUAGAAAGGGUGGAAUAGUCCCAACUGAAGGCCAUCUAUGUACUAGGGACCCCUCGAGUUUCCCACAUUACAAAAAAAAAAAAUGAUUUAUUAUGUGAAAGCUUCUCCGUCUAUUUUGAUGUGGCAUUUGGUGCCUUCCUAACUUUUAUUCUCUUGGGAAUCAUAUUUAUAGGAUAGUAACAUUCUUGUGUUUUGUAUGCAUGAGAAAGUAAGAAUUGGAAUACUUAGAAACAUUGCUAUUAUUGGUGUUUUUGACACUUUUAUUGAAAAAUACUCUAAAUUUUAAAAAAUACCUCUAUUACUUAAAAUGAAAUCUUUUUUUCUUAAGAUAUAUUUAUUAAGUAUUUGUAAUCCAAAAUAAGGUCACUUAUAAUAUAUAUUAUAUUUUUUAUUUUUGUAAUAUAUAAUAAACAAUAUAUUAUAGAUAAUAAGUAAAAUAAAUAAUAUAUGAUAUAUUAUAAAUAAAAUAUGAUAUAACGUAUAUACAUAUAUUAUUGUAUAUAAUAACACAUUAUUUUAUUAUAUAGUAAUAAUAAUUGUGAUAUAUAUGUAUAAUUAUAUAAUAAAUAUUAUAUAUUUUUAUUUAUAGUAUGUAUAGAUAAUACAUUAUAUAUUGUUCAACUGUUAGCAUCCUUCCCACACUGAAGUUUUGACACAUUAAAUUCACUUUAUUGGUCUGUUCCGGUCAUUGAUAGUUAUGGCUUUAGCUUAUGCAUGGUUGAACCUCCUUUAUGAAUGCGUAAAUCUUUACUACAUCCAGUACAAUUGAUUUAUUGCGAUAUAUUCUGCUUCUCUGCUCCAUACUAUGCACCUCCACAAUGCAGUAGAUGGGACCCAUUGCUUCGAAUGGCUGGACCUGAUUACUUGAACAGCAUAAAAUACGGUAAUUUUCAAGGAAAUUAAAUCUUUAGACAGGUUUGCCUCAAGGAGAGCAACAUUAUGAAUUUAUUUUAAGCAAAAUUUGACAUCUUUUUCUUCCUUGUAUUUUGUAUUUCUUCUAAGAGUAACAUGAAACUGUUUCAUUUGCGAAAGGUACAGGUGAAGAUGCAGCAACAGAAAGUGACUAUGCUGCUGGUUUUUGCAUCGAUAGAAAGAUUGAUCUGACGGGUUACUGAGUGGUGGGGCCCCAGCAAAAGCCAUCAAUCGGAUUCUCUCACAAAAUCUUCAGAGGAAACAAAGCAUGGUCAUUCCGAUGAUAUUGGCAGUGAACUUAAAAUAUUGGAGUGGGUGGUCCGCCCCACUGAGCCCUACCAGAUGCCCAAAUUGGGCGUUUUCCAUUAAGCAAAGAACAAAAGCUCUGCAUUGUCAGCCAUAGCAUAUUGUCACGGUCUGCUGCCUACAAGAGUUUACAAGAGAGAGCAUCAAAGAAGCAAGAGAAGCACACCGACAAUGAUGAGAAUGAGAAAAUAAAUGCAAUAUCAACAAAAAAGCCUAUGGCAAGGCCAUUGAUAAAUCAAGUCAUGAUGGCAGAAGUGAGGGAGUUGGGGUUGCACUCGUUUCCAGUGGGGGACUGCCUCUUCAGAGAAAUAUAUACCCAAUGGCUCCUUUUUUGUCUGCAACACUUCUAACCAACUACAAUACCAUCAAUCCCUUAUCAGAUCCCAUUCUUUGGACAACACUAGUUCCUGUUCUUCCUGCCGGACAUUCUUGUACCACUGAGGUUACAGAGAUGGAGGCGAGUUCAAACUAUACCUACUUCCAGCAGGAGGAAUAACAAUCUGUUCUGCUAUCAUGGCAGCAGGUUGGGAGGAAUUUCUUGGUUUGAGCUCAUCAAUGAACAAAGAAAUUUAUCAACAUCUGAGACUUGCACGACAAUGAGAAGAUACUAUCUAUGGUUGCAUGCUUGUACUGGAUUGCUAGGUUUUGAAGAUUGAGCUAUGCAUCAGAAUGCACGGCAAGAAAUUCUCAUCCUCUUAUUUCAGAGCACAGAGCAUAUGUACUAUAUCACGACCAAGUUGACAAGGUUUGUUUCUUUGAAAAUAGUUCAAGUAUGUUGCAUAGGAAACCGAGGAUCAACACUUGGUGAAUAUACACAUGUUAAGUUGAAAAUUGGAGCCAAGUACUAGGUGCCCUGAUAGUUGGUAAAAUACCAUGCUCUAUAUGAAGGGUGAACUAGAUGAUCUGGGCUUAAUAUUGUAAUUCUAUCUACGAAUUUACUCAUCAAAGUUCUUUUCGAGAGAGCCUAGAACAUCAAAUAUUUCAUUCCUA